AUGGCCAGCAGCACCUCCUCGCCGCAGUGCCAUUGCCACUUGCUCAGCCUGCCCCUCGAGCUCCGUCUCCAGAUCUACACGCUCCUCCUGCUGCUGCCGCCGCACUCGAGGCACAGCACUCACCGGGCGCUCAUCCACGCAGCCAUCCUCGGCACCUCUCGCCAGAUCCACGCCGAGGCCUGGCCGCUCCUCUACACCAAAAACACCUUCCUCGCGCACCCGUCCCUCCUGACGUCCUUUCCCCGCCUGCGGGAGGACUACCCCCCCGUCAAGGAGGCGGCGGCCGUCUCGAGGAUCCGCCGGUUCCGCCUCGUCAUCCGGCUGGACUGCGACGUGCUGUUCUCCAGGGAGGCCGCGGCCGGGGCCCUCUCCCACAUGGACGAGGUGGUUGUUGACGUGUCGCAGGCGGUGUUUCUGGGCGCCGGCCGCGAGAACCUGCGCGUUCUGGAGGGCGUGAGGGGCGUCGGGAGGGCCGUGAUCCGGGGGAGCACGACGGGCUUUGAGAGGUACGUCGACUGGCUGACGGGGGUGAUGGAGGCUGAGAAGGGCCACGUUGCCGAGUACGUAGAUGGGUGA